AUGGAUCAGAGUUCUGUGGGUGGUGAGCCCGUGGUGGAGGUCGCCAGUGGUGGUGGGAGUUGCCGGUGGUAUUGGGUGUCGCCGGUGGUGGUGCUCCUCCAGUCCUCCGCCCUCUUACUCUCUCUCUCCCUCACUCUCCGUUGGUUUUCAGAUCUGUGUGGGGUUCCCUCGGAUCUGGUGGGUGGAGGCAGUGGGCGAAUAACUCUCGCGAGGCUUGACUUCGGAGUAGGUGGUAUAAGGGCUGGGGCUUGGCCCUGGAGCCUGGGUUCUACAAGUUUUCAGCCGUGGGUUUUACUUGGGGAUUUGAAGAGGCCGAAAAGUGAUGGGUUGAUUGUAGUCUCCCUUUCAUUAUAUUCGGAUGGAUUUGCUGUAAGUGCCACUUGGCAUUUUAAUGAAAUCACCACUGCUGUCCCCAUGUCAAAUGAGACAGACCGUCAAGCUUUGCUUGCUAUCAAGGAUUUGGUGCAAGGUGAUGCUUUUCCGGUAUUUCGCUCCUGGAAUCACUCCAUCCACUUCUGCAAGUGGGAAGGAGUUACUUGCGGUCGUAAGCAUCAACGCGUGACCAUUCUAGACUUAUCAUCCCGAGGGUUGGUGGGUUCUCUAUCCCCUCAUGCAGGGAAUCUUACCUUUCUCAGGACGAUUGAUCUCGGCAACAACAGCUUCCAUGGAACCAUCCCGAAUGAAAUUGGAAGGUUGUUUCGACUUCAACAUGUUAUUCUUGGGAAUAAUUCCUUUGAAGGCAAGCUACCUACCAAUAUCACUUGUUCGUCGAACAUCAAAGAAAUAAAUCCAAAUAAUAACCACCUAGGAGGCGAACUGCCUGUUGGGCUUUACGACAUGUUGUCACUCAGCUUUGUUUCUCUAACCUCCAAUCAAUUGCAUGGAACCCUCGCCCCAGAUUUUGAUUUGGCUCUUCCAAAUCUACAAGUAUUUUUUAUCGGUGGAAACCAUUUCUUUGGGCCUAUUCCUUCAUCGAUAGGCAAUUCUUCUAGACUUUUGAGAUUCCAUAUUACAGACAAUGCAAUUAACGGGCCCACACCAAAAAGUCUAGGAAACCUUAAUGAUCUUGAAAUAUUUACGGCAGAUACCAAUUCACUUGGAACUAAUAGCGGGAAUGAAUUGCAUAACAUUAUGAAUACGUUGUCCAACUGUUCCAAUCUACGAGAGUUGAGAUUAACUGCAAAUAACUUUAGUGGUUUGUUGCCCCAUUCCAUCGCAAAUCUCUCAAAAUUUCUGAGUUAUUUGACUCUCGGUGAUAACUAUAUAUCUGGAAGCAUACCUGUUGGGAUUGAGAACAUUCUGAACCUACAGCUUUUCUCAGUAGUUCAUAACAUGCUCAGCGGCAGUAUUCCUGAAUCCAUUGAAAAUAAGCUAGAGGAAAGGAUACCUGAUUCCUUGGGAAAUUGUAAACGUCUUCAAGUAAUUGAUCUCAGUUCCAAUAAACUCACCGGAACCAUACCUGGACAAAUCUUCGAGCUUUCAUCCCUAUCUAUUGGUCUCUUCCUAGAUCAUAAUCAGUAA